AGGAUUUUUUUUUUGAUUUUGCCGCUUUUUUGCUAGGGUACUUACCACACUGGUCCUGAUACAUCGUUUCUGGUUUUUGUACAGUUAGUAGAUUUCUUUGAAAAACGGACCAAGAUUGAUUCAGAAUUCGAUAUAAUUUUUGGUAAAAGAAGACGCUUUUUCUGAGUUUCUCUGCGUCCUUCGCAAUAAAGUUUUUUCUGCGUUGUAGUGCGAUUUUCCAUUUUGAACUUCUCUUGACACUUACACCCACGAGUGUGAAACCACGCUGCUACGCGUAAAAAGCAACGCGUGAUGUUGCUCUGAUUGCCACGACCUGGGUUCACCAGUAGUCAGUGACGCGCUGGACCACGGGGUGGAUGGGGAAAGGAAGACCCGCAUGAAAUUUCAAGAUCUUAAGUCACCAGACGUCAAGUUCCGCGUGCCAUACUCUACCACGCCCCCUUCCAGGAAGAUCCCGAGCGACGACGCACGAUAGAGUUUUGGUCCCCGCUGUGCAGUAUCAUGGAUGCCUCCGUUGCCGCUGCGCACGGCGGCAGCAAAAAGAAGUCGUGGAGCAACAUUUUGGUUGCCGUGCGGUGUCGGCGAUUGCUGGAGGUGGAAGCCCGGUGCGGGGGGCGGCAGUGCGUGGACGUGGUGGAGAACAAAUUGGUCAUCCUGGAGGACCCCCAAACCACUGCUGCCGACGACUACCUGCGAAUCGGGAAGAGCAAGGAGAAGCGCUACGUGUUCGACCAUGCCUUCAGCGAGAAGGACGAUACGGAGAAGGUGUACCAGGCCACUACCCGCGGACUUAUCGAGGGCGUCCUGCGGGGUUACAACGCCACGGUCUUCGCGUACGGUGGCACGGGGGCCGGGAAAACACACACGAUGAUUGGGUACUUUCUGGUUCUAAAAUGCGUCUUUUUGUUCUUUACUUGCUUGUUGUAUCCGAUUCCGAACAAUCAAAGAGAAGGAGAAUAAAUAAAUUGAUGCGGUGCAUGAUCAAGAAAAAAUUAAAAAUCAUCACCUGGUCGUCAGAUGAAAGUAAAAGCAUUCAUCGCCGACGCGUCAGGUACCAGAACGAGGGUGCGGGGCGGCCCAGCCAUGGUAUCAUGGGGCUGAUUUUGCAGGAUCUUUUCGGGCAAGUCCAGCAGCACCCUGACAAGAAGUUUGAUAUUCGGUGCUCCUUUUUAGAAGUGUACAACGAGAACAUUCGCGACCUCCUAUCGCCCAAGAAGGACGAGUGCCUGGAUCUGCGCGAAGAUCCCAUCAAGGGUAUGACCGUCGCGGGCAUCGAAGAGGUGAGUUCCAAGAGGCUUGUUUUGAUGGCAAGAAUUGCAGUGAUGUUAAAUGUAGCUGUUCCACGCAGUUUUUUUUACCAGUACUGAAGGUUUCGAGUUCGACGGCGCGAAUUUCAAAGAACGCGGCCCGAGUGCCGUCGUUAAGACAAUAAAACUACGUAGAGUUGUUCUUGUACAACGCACCCCGUAGGUGAGUAACCUUUCCAGUGCAGAGGAGAUUAUGCACUUGCUGAAACAAGCCAACCGAAAUCGGACAUCGGAGCCCACCGCAGCGAAUCAGACCAGUUCGCGCUCGCAUGCCGUCAUGAGCGUGAUCGUGGAGCAGCAGGACAAAACCGCGGGCAUCUGCAAACUUCUGGAGGUGGGGAAAUUCAGCGUGAUUGACCUGGCCGGUUCGGAACGCGCUUCCAACACUGCGAACCGGGGCAUCCGGAUGUUGGAGGGCGCCAACAUAAACCGCAGCCUGCUCGCCCUGGGAAACUGCAUUACGGCGCUCGCAGACGACAACAGCUUUGUGCCGUACCGAGACUCAAAGCUCACCCGGCUCUUGAAAGGUACGGAAUACAGGGAAUUGAUUACGCGCGUCGACUGGCUUCUUGCGCGCUGGCGUCGUCGUACCGACAGACCUUGUGAUCAAUGAUGUUUGUACGCUUAGUAUCUUGCAACUUCCUAUGCAUGUUUGAAAGUUCUUAAGGACAGAGCUUGGGAUGGUUAUUUUCGAUGAAUACUAGAACUCAUACUCAUCUCUUACUUUCUAGAACAAAACACUCAGACUCACUUGGUGGGAACUGCCGCACAGUGAUGAUUGCGAACGUAUCGCCCUGUCACCACAAUUUCGAGGACACACAUAACACGCUCAAGUACGCGAAUCGGGCAAAGGCAAUUCGGACGAAAGUGACACGGAAUGUGGCCCGGUAUACCUACGACGUGGCGCAGUACACAUCGAUCAUUCACGAACUCCGCAGCGAAAUUUCGGCAUUGAAGACAUCCAUCGCGACGCAGGACUCGGAAGCGCCCUCGGCUGCCGCCGAGGCGGGCGGGGCGAACGAGCAACUUUCCGCGGAAAAAGGGCAAGCCGCAAAACCGCAGCAAUUUUCAGAGGAGGUUCAAACCUGGGAACAGGAGGUACUAUCGUUUGAUUUUUCAAUCUAGCAAGGACGAAAUGCUUGAGAAGGUGAAGUAGUUGCCGUGUUGUUGUCAUGGCCAACAUGUGGAUGCACACAACCAUGCUCGAAUCAAUAGCAUUAAUUGAUCUAUCAGGUUUGCCAAAACAUCGAGGAGCGGGUGCAGAUCAAGCGCUCGUUGUUGGAUUUGAAGCAUUCCGAUGCCAAGUGCUUGAUGGCGAAGAGCAAGCUGCAGGUAGCCAUAAGUAGCUGGGAGCAGCAGAACAGCCAGAACACUUAUGUGGGGGAUCGGACGAUCGCAGAGGAACCCGAAAACGAUGACGACGGGGACGGAGACGUGCCGGUGAGCGCACGCGGCGAGGGUUCUCAAAGCCUGAAAGCCGCGGAAUCCGCAGUACGUCGCGCAUUGAUGUUCUUGCUGUUGAACAGAAAUUAGAGUAUGGCGAUUUUUUGCAGAUCGAAAAUUCAACAAAAGCAACAUCAGAGUAGCCAUAAAAUUAUAGCCGCAUUCGGACGUAGUGCUUCAGCUGGUGCCUAGCACGCCGUUUCUUUUUUGAGGCCUGUAAGAAGUAAGUACGUAGUUCUUCUGUCUUCACCCAUAAUGUUCUUGAAUUGAUCGCAGGACGGCAGCCUCCCGAGUUCUAUACGAGACUGGCGGAAGCAGCUGAAGGGCUUGAUGAAACAGAUGGAGAAGCACGGUGAGAUCCGUGCCGAUUUGGCGGAACGGCUGCAGAAGAACGAGCAGCAGCGUCAGGUGCUGGAGCAGCGGCUGCCGGAGAUCACGUUGGCGAACAGCGAGCUGCGGCAGUUUUUCUCGUUGAUGUACAAGAUUCAGGUCAUGGAGGUGGAAAACAUGGAGUUGGAGGAGGUGAACAACAUGACCGACCUCCUGAUCCAGCAGAAGGAUCUCGAAGGCGAAAAGCUUCGCCUGCAGAUCGCCAUCCGGGACCAGAUGAUCGCCGAGCAAACAGAAAUGGUGAAGUGGAAGGGAACGAGUAGUAGUGGUAGCAGUGGCAAUACGCAUCACCUCGCCGCGCCAGCCGCGGCGGCGGAGCAGCUUCAGCAACUACGGAACACCAGCUGUCCUCAACAGCAAGACCAACCUGGUGCCGUCUCGGCCUCGACCAGAGCUUUGCAAACGAGCCCGGGAAGUAGAGCCACGAGUUCGCAGGAUCUUCUUCACGGCAAAUGCCUAGUCCCGGCCGCGGAGCAGCAACUGCAGAACUUUAUUCAACAGGACCACCACCUCCCAGCAGGGAGCAGCAGUCACGCGGGGCAGCACGUCAGCGCGUUCAGCAGCACAGAUGAUGAGCUUUACACCCGCGAGCGGCCAGCACUUAGUGGUGCUGGUGGUGGACUAAUGAUCCACCAAUCUGCGACUGCGGCCUCCGACGUGCUCUCAUCGUCGGCUUCGCCCCCGGAGCAGCGACGAGCGAUGCUGCGCGGCGGACGCGAUGAGACGCCGGGCGGUGGUGCGGCUUCCAGUCAGCAGCCAAGCGGCCGACCGCAGUGCGGAACGACGGACCACGAUGCGCUCUUCGUGCCUCCGGACAGUACUGGUCAACACAACUACGCCGCCACGGAGUCGCUGCUGAUAGCCGCGGAGCAUGCGCUCGAAGGCGGGGCAUUUGGGCAGGAGGCACUAGCAUGGACGGGCGGGGAAACAUCCGACGAAAACCGGGAAGGUAGUACUGUCUUACCACCUGGUGCGCCGGGGAGCAGCGGGCUCGCAGCUGGAGCAGUAGAUUCGUCAUUGCUCCUGCCCGAGCAGGAUAGUACCGAGCACCACCAGUACCCGGCGGAACCGUUUGCGCUGCAGAAGCCGGAGGGCUGGCAGGAGCAUAUCGAAUGGUCGAGUAACAGCAAGCCGCGGUCGGCCUCUCCACCCGCCCGCAGUUCCUCGCACAGGCACAACCAGAGCGCCACGAUCUCAGAGAGUAGCGACGAGGGCGUAGGGCCGCUAGCCCGGUCGGCGUCAAAGCAGCAGGCCCUGGGGGGCGUGGCAGGCGCAGGCGCUGGCAGCGGCGUUGACGAUCGGCCGGGCCUUGGAGGGACGGGCGCAGGCGGGGACAUGGCAACCAGCCACCCGCGGUCACACAAGAAGGUGCUCAUUGACAAAGUGCAAAGAAAGCGGCACUACCUACCUUACAUCGACGCGGUCACCACGAAAAAACGGAAGAAUCGGAGCAACAUGCUAUUGCGCGCGAUCUCGGGCACGGACAAUAAGCCCGUUGCUGCGGCUACUGCGGCACAGGCUCCCGAAGACCCGGGCAGCUCGGCUGGAGUGCAACCUGGACGGGGGCCGCGCGGUCGGCGGGUGUGA